AUGUCCGCUCAGAAGCCCAGAGAGAAACGCGGCUCCGAGGACCUAGGUGUCUUCGACGAUGCCAAGACAUAUUACACUUCAGAGGAACGCCAUAAUAGACCAGGCGGCCGACAGCGGACGUAUUCUCAGAAUGGACUGAUGAAACAACUCGAAAGACUUGGUAUCCGUGAGCCAUUCCGACGCGGCAGUCUUGACGAGGCCAACUUGGAGAAGGGCCGACGAUUUCUUGUGCAAGUUGAGCCCACGCUCGAGAGCUUGAAGGCACAAGAAGACACUGAUGGCAAUAUGCAAAUCACCAUUGAAGAUACUGGACCCAAGGUUAUGUCCCUUCGAACGGCGGCGUCUGCCGGCUAUAAUCGAUACGAAGUUCGAGGAACAUACAUGCUGUCAAACCUUCUCCAAGAAUUGACACUUGCCAAGGAGUAUGGACGUAAGCAAAUUAUUUUAGACGAAGCGCGCUUGAACGAGAACCCGGUAGAUCGACUCUCACGCCUCAUUAAGGAUCACUUUUGGGAAGGCUUGACUCGAAGAAUCGACGCAUCUAGCAUUGAAAUUGCGGCUAGAGACCCGAAAGACUGGACGGAUGACCCUCGCCCGCGUAUUUAUGUGCCGCCCGGUGCGCCAGAGCAGUACGCUUACUAUCAACAAGUAGCAAAGGACCGACCAGAGAUUCGCUUAGAUGUGCGACUUCUUCCUGAAAAGAUCACGCCUGAGAUUAUUCGAGACAUGAACCAGCUGCCCGGAUUGCUUGCUGUUGCUGUUGAGGAGGUCGAGGAAGAUGAUGGCGAAGGCGGCAAGAAGAAGACUCUCAAGGGUCUUCCAUUUGUCGUCCCUGGUGGCCGAUUCAACGAGCUUUACGGUUGGGAUAGCUACAUGGAGUCACUUGGUCUCCUUGUCAAUGACCGAGUUGACCUUGCAAAAUCCAUGGUCAUCAACUUCUGCUUCUGCAUCGAGCACUAUGGCAAGAUUCUAAAUGCCACUCGCUCCUACUACCUGGGUCGUUCUCAACCACCUUUCUUGACCGAUAUGGCUCUACGAGUCUACGAGAAGAUUAAGCAUGAGCCGAACUCUCAAGAAUUCCUUCGCCGGUCCAUCUUGGCUGCGAUUAAGGAAUACCACAGUGUUUGGACCAGCGAACCUCGCCUUGACCAUGCGACAGGCCUGUCCAGGUACUGCCCCGAAGGAUUGGGCGUACCGCCAGAGACCGAAGCAAGCCACUUUGUGCAUAUUCUCAAACCAUACUGUGAGAAGCACAACCUGAAGUUUGAGGACUUCGUUCACGCCUACAACUACGGCGAAAUCAAGGAGCCUGAAUUGGAUGAAUACUUUAUGCACGACCGUGCCGUUCGUGAAUCUGGACACGACACUACUUACCGAUUUGAAGGAGUCUGUGCCGAUCUCGUCACCAUUGACCUGAACUCUCUGCUCUUCAAGUAUGAGACCGAUAUUGCUCGCACUAUUCGUAAUAUGUUUGGUGACCGUCUGGAAAUGCCAGUCGAGUUUUGCAAAGGCACUCCGUACAAGCCCGGAGAGAUUCUAUCAUCUGCUGCUUGGGAUCGUCGAGCCAAGCGCCGCAAGCUCACCAUGGACAAACUCAUGUGGAACGAGCAGGAGGGCAUGUUCUUUGACUACAACAUUGCAACAAAGGAACGCUGCACGUAUGAAAGCUGUACUACCCUCUGGGCUCUGUGGGCGGGUAUCGCCUCGCCCCAACAGGCAGCGGCCAUUGUCAGCAAAGGCCUACCCAAGUUCGAAGCUUAUGGUGGUAUUUUAGCUGGCACUGAGAAGUCUCGUGGUGCUGUCGGCCUUGAACGCCCUAACCGCCAGUGGGAUUACCCUUACGGCUGGGCACCACAGCAAAUGCUUGCUUGGACGGGUCUGUUGCGAUACAGCUUCAACGACGAGGCCGAGCGUUUGGCAUACAAGUGGCUGUUUAUGAUUACCAAGGCGUUUGUCGAUUUCAACGGUGUUGUGGUGGAAAAGUACGACGUGACCAGAGCUGUUGACCCUCACCGAGUAGAUGCCGAGUAUGGCAACCAAGGUCUAAACUUUAAGGGUGUUGCCAAGGAAGGGUUCGGCUGGGUGAAUGCCAGUUAUGUGUAUGGUCUUCAGAUUGUUAAUGCGCACAUGCGUCGUGCUCUCGGUACACUGACGCCGUACCCAACGUUUAUCAAGGCUGUUGAGCAGAGUGACGAGAGGGCGAUGGCGGAGUUUUCGUAG